AUGGUGGCAAACUUUAUUCAUCUGGCAAACGCCUACGUAUCAAUUCCCCACAAGCUGGUGACUAAAGCCCUGACCACCCACCAUGUUCCGCAGAAGAUCACAGAUCUCAUACAGGACUAUUAUAACACUUUCAGUAUGAGAUUCACAUCAGGAUCAAUAACUUCGGCAUGGCAUCGCCUAGAAAAAGGCAUCGUCACCAGUUGCACCAUAUCAGUGACGCUGUUUGCUCUAACGAUGGCCAUGCUUGUCAAGGUGGCAGAAGUAGAAUGCAGAGGACCUCUCUCUAGAUCUGGCAUUCGCCAACCGCCAAUCAGAGCCUUUAUGGAUGACCUAACAGUCACAGCGACAUCAGCGCCAACGUGCCGCUGGCUCCUUAAAGGUCUGGAAAGGAUAACAUCAUGGGCGAGAAUGACAUUCAACCAAGCCAAGUGCAGGUGCCUUGUGCUGAGGAAGGGGAAAGUGGAGGACAAGUUCCGCUUCCACAUGAACAGUCUUCAAAUCCCAUCCCUGACAGAGAAGCCGGUGAAGAGCUUGGGGAAGAUCUUCGAUGCCACUCUGAGAGACACAGCAGCGAUCAAAGCUAUGCACACAGAGCUUAAGACCUGGCUUGCUGCGGUGGACAGGUCAGGCCUCCCAGGGAAGUUUAAAGCCUGGAUAUAUCAGCAUGGCAUCCUGCCAAGGCUUUUAUGGCCACUGAUAAUGUACCAGGUCCCAAUAACAACGGUGGAGGCCUUGAAGCGAAACAUCAACCAGUUCCUGCGCAGGUGGCUAGGCCUGCCAAAGAGCCUGAGCUGCAUCACCCUGUAUGGGCACACCAACAAACUACAGCUCCCAUUCUCAGGCCUGACAGAGGAGUUCAAAGUAGCAAGAGCCAGGGAGGUGUUACUGUACAGAGACUCAUCCGACACCAGAGUCUCCUCUGCAGGCAUAGAGGUCAGGACUGGAAGAAAGUGGCGAGCGCAGGAGGCAGUCCAGCUGGCAGAAGCAAGGCAUGGUGUGCUAGAAGGCUCGGUAGCGGUUGGUCGAGCGGGACUCAGCUGCCAUAAAACACCACACUAUGACAGAGCCCAGGGGAGGGAUAGACGGCAGAUGAUCCAGGGGGAGUUCCGAGCAGAGGUGGAGGAGGAGCAGCGCAGCAAGACAGUGGCCAUGCGCCAACAAGGGGCGUGGACCAAUUGGGACCAUGCACUGACUCGGAAGAUCACCUGGUCAGAACUUUGGAGGUCAGAGCCAGCAAGACUCAAGUUCCUGAUCCAGUCAGUGUAUGAUGUCCUCCCGAGUCCAUCAAACCUGCAUUGGUGGGGUCUGGCAGAAACACCAUCAUGUCCACUGUGCACUGCAAAAGGAUCGUUGGAACACAUCCUGAGCUGCUGCCUGAAAUCACUGGGAGAGGGGAGGUACCGAUGGCGCCAUGACCAGGUGCUGAAGGCAGUAGCUGACACCAUCUGUGCCGGAGUUCAGCAAAGUAAGCAACAGCCCCCAGCAAAGCCAAACAUCGCUUUCGUCAGGGCGGGUGAGAAACCUCAGUCGCAGCUAAAGGUCCCUGCUGGUCUCUUAUCCUCAGCAGGCGACUGGCAGCUGAAGGUGGACCUGGGGAGGCAAUUGAAGUUUCCAGAGCACAGCACAACACUCAGGCCAGAUAUGGUCUUAACAUCGGAGAGUUCGAAGCAAGUGGUGCUACUGGAACUAACAGUCCCCUGGAAAGACCGGAUUGAGGCAGUUUACGAGAGAAAGAAGGCAAAAUAUCUGGAUCUGGUGGAGGACUGCAGGCUUAAUGGGUGGAAGGCCCGCUGUGAGCCCAUUGAGGUUGGCUGCAGGGGAUUCCCAGGACAGAGCCUGCACCGAACACUCAGGCAACUUGGAAUCAGGGGGGCGCAAGAGAGGAAAGCUACCCGAAACAUCAGUGAGGCAGCCGAGAAAGCCUCUAGGUGGCUGUGGAUAAAAAGAGGCGAGACAUGCUUUAGUGUGCGGCUGUCUGAUCAGCCCCGGCUGGGUCGCCCAGGUGAGGGUGUCUGA